CUGAGAGAGCUAGGGUUUGUCGCCCUCGAGUCGCCCACGAGGAGCGACCCGAGAGCAGUUAGAGGUUAGAGAGCUUUUUCCUCGCAGAACCGAUUAUUCGGAUCUGAUGAGUUUAUGUUAUUGCAUCGAGCUUUUUUAUUUGUCUGAUUUUUUGUGAAGGUGAAAUAUUUCAUCGACAUCAUGAUGAAGAUAUAGUGAUUCGACGGCCUGCACUUUUAGGGGGCAUCUCUAGACCAGGUACAUUCAUCGAUCAAGGCUUCUCAUCUUUUUGGAUGGGCGACUCAAGGCGCUUUCAAAAACCAUUAUUGGUAAUGUUUGUGAGGGUGAAAGAGUGACAACAUCGUUGCUCGAGUCUAAUUAUAGCCUCUUUACCGAAGUCUUUGGAGUAUUUCUUCGAGUAGAGAUUGAUACUACGAAGGUGUUUUCAGGAGAUUUCAUUAUAAUUCUUAGUCACAUAAGUUACUCUGUAUUUUUUUUAUCUGAGGUCGAAAUCAAUGUACCUGUAAUUGUUAUAAGUAUAAAUAAAGUUACAUGUGCUUCUAAAAAAAAUUGUUGCUUUCGCAAAGAAAAAAAGGUGGGUGGACACAUUGCUCGGCCCAUCACGGAAGGACCUUGGUCCGCCGCUUGCUAUACCCUGGGCACGGUGCUGAAUAGCACAGUCCAAAACCCUCCAAUUACUGCGCCGCCGGUUGCCGUGAUGCGAUGCGACGCCGCGAUCCGAUCGGCAUGGAUUCCAUCAAGCGCCGCCGCGUUGACGCUGUCGACCGGCUUGGUGACCUACCGGACUGCCUCCUGCACUGUAUAAUAUCGUUGCUCGGGUCACGGCAGGCCAGGCAGACGAGCGUGCUGUCCCGGCGGUGGAGGCACCUUUGGCGCGAGGUGCGCUGCGCCGUGAUCGACGAGAGGGAGUUCGCCGACGACCAGUGGGAGCGCUUCGAGGACUUCACCGACCACAUGCUGUCGUCGCUCCCGGCGGCGGUGGAGCUCGACGUCCUCCGCCUGCACCUGGUCAGCAACAGGGCGGGUCACUGCGGCGACAUGUUCUCCGACAGGUGGGUCCGCCGCGGCCUCCAACGCUUCCCGGCCACCGUCGACAUCAGCACCGCUCACAACGGCACCGUCUUCUGGAAGCCGCACGCGUCGAUCGCGUACUCUUAUGCCGCUGCCCCCGCUCGCCGGCAGCCGGACUUGUCGUCCAAAGGCUUAUGCGCUGGCGGCUUUACCCGGCGCCUGACCACGCUACGUCUCGUCGGGGUGAACAUGGCACCUGGUUUUGUGGAAGGCCUCGGUGGGUACUGCCCGGUCCUCGAGGACCUCCACGUCGAGAGGUGCAGGAUGGAGAAGCUCCACGUCGUAGCCUCGCCAACGCUCAAGAGCCUCACAGUCAUCGACCCCCAUUGCAACCUCGCUGGGGCCGAGCUCAAGCUCGCGGCUCCCCGCCUUGCCUACCUGCUCCUCGAGAUUCCGUACGACGGGAGGGACUGCUACUGUGUCGCCGGAGCGGCCGCACCAGAGCUACUGUCGCUCGCCGAUGCUUCGAUCCGGCUCACGGACACGAGCUACGGCGGGCAGCCGAACCAGAGAGCGCGAAAGAAACGCAAACUCGAGUUCCUCAAGUCCAUGUGCAGCUUCCUGGCCCUCAUCCCCAACGUUACCAAGCUACAUCUAUCAGGCUUCCCCACUACAGCACUGCUUCAAGAGGAAUCUGAAGAAUUCCCCAUGCUCCAUAACUUGAAGGCUUUGCUCCUAGAAAGAUGUGAUCUUGGAGUGAAGUUGCAGGCAUUGACAAGCAUCCUCUCGAACACACCAAACCUGGAGGAACUUGAAUUGGACAACUGCACGUUGUUAGCUCCUCCGUUCAAGAAGAGUAAGAGGAAACAAUCUUCCAAAAGGCGUAGCUCGACAACACCUGUUUUCUGGUGCAAGAAGCUCAAAUCGAUAGAACUCAAGCACCGGUUGGAAGAUGAGCCUCACAUGUCUAAGAUUUUGUCAGAAAUUUCAGAGGGAAUGUUGCCAGCACAGUGGAUGCACAUCAAGAAAUCCAUGGCUGUUGUGUAGAAAUGAAGAGUUAGGAAUAAUAUUCCGGACAAAACUAGGGGAGCUCUGAUGAAUUGAAAAAAUUCUGUGUUUAUCAACAGAUCAAACAGCUUGGAAUGUUGGAUCCAGAUUUUAUCAUAAUCAUACAACCUUACAAUGAGCAAUCCAAAUUCAGCCAGCCAAA